CUUGAUUUUGAGUUUUAUCCACCACACAAAUGAUGAAAAUUAUCAGUCAAAACAUCAAUACCAUAGCUUGCAUUAAUGAUUCAAUUAGGGAAUGAAAUAGGUGAUGAAAUAAAUUAAUGUGAUUUUUAAUGCUAGCAUACAAUGGUGUCUAAAUAAAAUUCUCAAACUUGAUAAAAAAUACGAUUUGAUUUAAAAUACCAUUUAAGCAUUUUAUUAAACCCUAUGCUUUUCAAUAUCACAUAAAAAAGUUAGUAUGAAGUAGUUAAGUAGUUGAAAAAAAAAUAAUAUCUUGUCCCUUUCUAAAAGCAUUCUCCCUUGAAAACAAGCCAGCUCCGAUAGCUUAAUAGACAUUUUCAAAUAUUACACUAAGAAUUGUAGAAGAAAAACAAAAUUAAAUUUUAUAUAAACAAUCACCUGCAGACUUUCCAGUUUCUCAAAUUAAGGAUGAGCUACUUGCAACUAUCAUUUUUUUUAUUUUUUUUAAGGAAAUGUUAGAUAAGCAGCACAGAUACCAUCAUUGACAUGCAUGUGAAAUCAAUUUGA